GCUUCAGUUCUCUUGCAUUAGCACUGAGAUCAAACCCCUCACACAUGAGAGUGCUGUGGCUGGAAGAGAAUAGAGCAGGAGACUCAGGAGUGAAGCAUCUUUCUUCUCUUCUGGAGGAUCCCAACUGUAAACUGGAGAAACUAGGCCUGUCAAACUGCAGUAUUACAGAGAAAGGCUUCAGUUCUCUUGCAUCAGCACUGAGAUCAAACCCCUCACACAUGAGAGUGCUGGGGCUGGAUGGGAGUAAAGCAGAAGACUCAGGAGUGAAGCAUCUUUCUUCUCUGCUGGAGGAUUCCAACUGUAAACUGGAGUCACUAAACCUGUCAAACUGCAGUAUUACAGAGAAAGGCUUCAGUUCUCUUGCAUCAGCACUGAGAUCAAACCCCUCACACAUGAGAGUGCUGUGGCUGGAUGGGAGUAAAGCAGAAGACUCAGGAGUGAAGCAUCUUUCUUCUCUUCUGGAGGAUCCCAACUGUAAACUGGAGGAACUAGGGUGAGUAUCACAAGACCAAAUACUGAGUUGAUAUCAGUGAAU